GGCGAACAGAAGGAUUCUUCAAAAGAGUAUUCAGUUCAAGGGAAUGAAGAACUGAGAAUAUAUGGAGUAUGAGUCAGCUGAAGAUUUGAUCCGUUUUGAAGAACCAUAACAGUCCAUUUGUCUAAGCGGUAACAAAAAACCAAAAAACAAAACAACAACAAAAAGUUUUAAAAAAAUGAAUUCAACUCUGUUCUCCCGGGUUGAAAAUCACUCAUUUCACUAUAAUGCCUCAGAGAAUUCUCCACUUCUGGCUUUUGAAAGUAACGACUGCCACCUGCCCUUGGCUGUGAUAUUCACCUUGGCCCUUGCUUAUGGGGCUGUGAUUAUUCUUGGGGUCUCUGGAAACCUGGCAUUGAUCAUAAUCAUCCUGAAACAGAAAGAGAUGAGAAAUGUCACCAACAUUCUGAUCGUGAACCUCUCCUUCUCAGACUUGCUAGUUGCGGUCAUGUGUCUGCCGUUCACUUUUGUAUACACACUGAUGGACCACUGGGUCUUUGGGGAGACCAUGUGCAAACUGAAUCCCUUUGUACAAUGUGUCUCCAUCACGGUAUCCAUUUUCUCGCUGGUUCUCAUCGCUGUGGAACGGCAUCAGCUAAUCAUCAACCCGAGAGGGUGGAGACCAAACAACAGACACGCUUACAUAGGCAUUACUGUCAUUUGGGUCCUUGCAGUGGCUUCUUCUCUGCCCUUCGUGAUCUAUCAAAUUCUGACCGACGAGCCCUUCCAAAAUGUAUCACUCCCGGCGUUCAAGGACAAGUAUGUGUGUUUUGACAAAUUCCCGUCAGACUCUCACAGGCUGUCUUACACGACGCUCCUUCUGGUGCUGCAGUAUUUUGGCCCACUCUGCUUCAUAUUUAUAUGCUACUUCAAGAUAUACAUUCGCUUGAAAAGGAGAAACAACAUGAUGGACAAGAUCAGGGACAGUAAGUACAGGUCCAGUGAGACCAAACGAAUCAACAUCAUGCUGCUCUCUAUCGUGGUCGCCUUCGCGGUCUGCUGGCUGCCCCUUACCAUCUUCAACACUGUGUUCGACUGGAACCACCAGAUCAUUGCCACCUGCAACCACAAUCUGCUGUUCCUGCUCUGCCACCUCACGGCCAUGAUCUCCACCUGCGUCAACCCCAUCUUUUAUGGAUUCCUGAACAAAAAUUUCCAGAGAGACUUGCAGUUCUUCUUCAACUUUUGUGACUUCCGGUCUCGAGACGAUGACUAUGAGACCAUAGCCAUGUCUACCAUGCAUACGGACGUGUCCAAGACUUCCCUGAAGCAGGCAAGCCCAGUCGCGUUUAAAAAAAUCAGUAUGAACGACAAUGAAAAAAUCUGAAGCUGCUCAGAACAUAUGGUCCCAGGCUACAUCUGUGGAAAAACAAGCACAGCCUUCCGCAUGCUUUCUUUACCUGUGCUCCCAGGGAACGGAGUGAAGCAGGUUUGGAAAGUCCAGGACAUCUUGUGUUGGGUUUUACUGCUUUUGUGAUGGUUGCCAUGAUAACUUGACAAUCUAAUUACUUUGUAAUCUAUCUUCUGGCAACAGUUUUGACUAGAUGUGUGUGUGUGUGUGUGUGUGUGUGUGUGUGUGUGUGUCUCAUCCGUCUCUAUCUUUGUGUAUGUGUGUGAAAUUAUGUGUAUGACAAGGAUUUUUAUAUUGUAUUUAUUGGAGUGAACUUCUCUGAAGUAGUGUCAUGAGCUCACUGCAAAAGCAGUACCUACCUGGUAUUCUCAAGGUACUGGAUUUUCAAGAUCAGAUGAGAUUUCCAAGACCCUGGACUACCUUCAUUCCAUGCUAAGCAUCAUCUUCGUCUGUUACAAGGGUGACAGUAUACAAAAGUCACCUUUUAGAAUGUGCUGGAGCCAAAAGAGAGUCUGAAGUCAUUUGGCAGCAUCUUUUUUUUUUUUUCUCUUUUUUUGAGAGGACUGGAUUUGUAACUCCUAAUUGAGUCUUGCUUAAGAUAAAGGUACGUGAAGAACACGUUUUCAGCUGUGAAUAUCAUUGGGAGUUAGGACAUCCACGAGAAUGAAGUGCCAAAGCAGCUCCCUGAUUUCAAGAUUCCUCUGAUGGCCAAAGCAUUUCGGGGCAAUUAGUUUAAUACGUAAACUAGACUUGCUGCAAACAGGUAAUGGCAUCCACAGGACUUGAUCUUCGAGAUGUUUUGCAUCGUUCAGAAGAGCACUGAGCACCAUCAAGCUUCCUGGCACAAGCAUGAGACUCUGAGAGCAUUUCUAACUCAUACUGCAUAGAAACAUAAGAUGCAUUUUCCAUACGGCAGUGCCUGCAUAGUAACUAGUGUUUAACUCUCACCAUGUAUUUUUCACAGCAGAAGACACACAGACAAUGUUAAUGUAUGUACCCCUCAGCUAACAGGUAAUCGUACCUAAAAUGUUCAUGCACCCUGCCUAUCCUAACUGCAUAAACUAUAUAAAGUGUGGAGUUUUAUAAUCAUAUACUAUUAUAUCAUAGAGUACUAAGUAGUCCUGUCAUAGUAAUAUAUUUCCUUUCAUGUAUCUUGUAAUCAUGAUUUAGAUUCAGAAAAGAUACUUUGAAGAACAAGACAGUUCAAUGUAUUAUACAAAAUGUUGCCUGUGUGUGAUUUUAGAAGGGCAAACACUUUCUGUAUUAAAACUCUUUGGGCUUUUUCA